AUGUCCCUCCCCGCCUCGCUCCCCCUCGGCUUCAUCCCCCUUCCCCGUCCUCUCACCCAUCACCUUGCCCCUCCUACACCCGAACCCUUACCUCUCCUACUUAACGGUUACGGCCAACCAUUCAUAGCCUACUUCGGCAGCGACACGCCGAAAUGGCAACGCCACAAGAGCAUCACCUCCCUUUUUAGCACCGAAGAUACAUCGUCGCAAGCAAUCGAUGAACCACAAGUGCCUACCGAGCUCGGACUCGGCGAACGGAUCACGAUAUUUCCGGUGGACAAGGAGUGGGAUGCGUACCUUAACGGGCAGAGGAGAGGGUCCGAGAUUGUUGAGAUUUUGUUGAGGAGGGUGGCAGGGGAGAGUACGGGGCGUGAAGAGGGGCAACCUGCGGACAGAGCUGGACCGGGAUCGUCAAAUGUGCAGGCUCGUCCGACGCCGAGCAUCCAGUCUUCUCAGCCUCCGUCUGCGCCUACACCUCAGUCUCAACAGCAUGCGAGAACUCAGUCUCAGCUUCCACCCCAGCCCAUUCCCCAACAUCAGCCACAUCCUCGUCCUCAGCCCCGUCCUUCCAAUGCAGUUGCUGGUCCCAGCUCAGGCGCGACAAGCACCGCACCACAAGCAUCUUCGUCACGCGGGUCCCGAAAGUCACUGCAGAAGGAACCUCCUACAGCACCCAAGAAGUCGUCGAAGAAAUCACCGAAAGCAUCCCUCUUGAAGAACGCGCCAAAAAGGAAGUCACCGCUCUCGAAGCCGCCACUCAUGAUGCCACCGCCACCGCCGCUGCCGAUGCCAAUGCUAUUCCCGAUACCAGGACCGAGUCAAAGCUCGAGCUCGACGAUGAUCUUCCCUGGCCCGAAUCCUAUUCCCGCGACGGCGAUGACGAUGAUGCUGCCGACUCCUAGUCCAAGUCCUAGGAAGGGUAGGAAGAGGAGCCCAAGUCCGUCUCCGAGUUCCACCCCUACGAAGAGGAAGAGGUAUACGACUCCUCCCAGUCCCAGUCCCAAUCCCAAUCAGUCGACGUCGAUGAUGCCGCCGACUCCCAGUCCUACUCCGAAGAAGAAGAGAGCGAGGACUGAGGCUGAGGGGAGUGGGAGCCCGAGUCCGAGCUCGAGGGGUACCGGGGCGGGUGGUAGUAGGAAUAGCAGUGGGAUGAUGGAGAAGGUUUUGGAUUCGGAGGAUAUGGCGAGUUGGUUUGUGAUGGAGCGAGGACAUUGA